CGUCUUUGGGCCAAGGCCCACGCUUGCGAUGGCGCUGCUCCACCGGUUUGUGAAGCUCAACGACCGGGGCAACACCCACGUCUUCAGCUUCGUGGUGACCCGCAGCGUGACCCGGGACCUGCACCGCGACGUGACCAGCAAGGAGCUCACGUAUGGCUACCAGCGGUGGGCCAUCACGUUCUCGCGCUCGGAGAAGGUGCUGGGCGUGUACUUGGUGUGGCGUAACCCGUGCGAGGGGAUGCGCGUCUACAUCGACUUCACCUUCACCUUACUCAACCGAGAGCACUUCAGCACCAACGAGGCGUUCACGGGCAAGCAGGUCAAGUUUACCUUCGACUCGCCGGCGCAGGGCAACAGGCGGCUCAUCAACAUGGAGGACCUGUACUCGCGCAACUUCACGGACGAGAACGGCGAGUUCCAGCUGGAGCUGACAGUGGCCAACAUCCGCACGGUGUUCGAGGCGGAGCUGCGCGUGCCGCCGCCCAUCAACGGCGGCGUCGCCAACCGGAAGGAGAACCGCUUCGAGUCGCCCUACUUCCACUUCGGCCACUACGACUGGCACGUCUCCGUCACCAGCUCGUCGGGGCUAGAUGGGCGGCCGUCCGUGCAGCUGCGGCGCCUCACCGGCUUCGACCACCAGUGCCGCGUGCGGUACCUGAUGGUGGUGGGCGAAGGCGAGCGGCGGGCCGACUCGGGCAUCCUGGACCAGUUGUCGGACCACGAGGGCCGCACGCCGGGCUGGUCGCCGGCCCGCACACGCCUGCACGACCUGGUGCACAAGGGCGUGCUCAGGCUGUACCUGGAGAUGAUCCUGGCCAACACGACGAGCGAGGUGCGGCUGCAGCCCCUCGCGGCCAACACGACACCUGUGCAGUGCUAUGAUCGCGACAAGCAGGCCUGGGCGCUCGAGCCGGACCUGCACUCCGACAUGUUCCGCCUCAGGCUCGUCUACAACGACGUCCACAACGUACCCAGGAACCAUCUCAGAUACGUGUGCUGGAACGCCUACCUGCUUCGCCGAGCUUCCCGUGGUUACCUGGAGUCUGUCUGCCUUACCAAUGGACCCUUCAGCAACUACUACGCCCAGGAGAGCACUGACGAUGGAAUUAUGAUGGAAUCCGACGUUACUGUCAAAGAGGUAUUUGAAGGUCCCAGUUCCUACUUGGACGAGCGGAAGGAGCUGACGGUGCAGAUCGAGUGGGUAGAGUCCUUGUUGCUCUUCCAGGCCACCUAUCACAAGUACGACGAUGUGACUCGCAUGCACAACUACCAGAUGAGGAGGGAGAUCAGCGCACUCGAGGCAGAGAACUUCAGUUUAGAGCGACAAUUAUUCAGCUACCAGAAAUCGAUUGCUUACGCUCACUCGCGGGGCGCGGUUGUAGACGAUCCUACAGAACCCAACGACUAUCCCCACGAGAACUACUCCAACGGCAAGAGAGACUACGAUACCAGAGAUUACUCCACGCGGGACUACGACUACGCAUACAAUGAUCUGCCAGAAAGGUCGUUUUCUACAGAUACUGAGUACGCGUGAAAACGCCUUAAUCACCUGAACUAUCUGGUGAAAAGAGUCAGUGAUGCUUUACGAGAUAUUCGCAAUGUAUGGGAAG